AUGCAAUCCAACUCUAAUUUAAGUAAUAUUUACCAUGAUUCUAAAGUUGCAGUGUCCAAUGGAAGGCAUUCUAGAGUAAAGCCACUGCCUCCAGUUGUAGGUCAUGUGAGCCAUCAUAAUAUUGAACUGAGUUGGAACUUGGAAGAACAACGAAAAGGUCCUCAAGAGCAAUGGCUAAAAUUUUCAGUUGAAGGAGAAGACCCCAAGUUACAUAAAUAUGGGCUGAUUUACACGGGAUAUGCCCGACAGCAUGUUGUGGAAGGUCUUGAACCUAGAACAACGUACAGAUUUCGACUUAAAGUCACAGAUCCUAAAGGAGAAUCUGUUUAUAGUUCACCUAUUUGUGUAACUACAACAAGUGAACCAAUGAGUGGAGAACAGCUCCAUCGUGCUGUAAGCAGGAAUGAUUUAGAGGAUGUUGUUAUUAUUCUUCAAGGAAGGAAAGCUGUAGUAAAUACACUCAAUAAACUAGGACUUUCACCAUUGAUGGUUGCUUCACAAAAAGGAUAUGGAAGGCUUGUACAGAUUUUGGUAGAAAAUGGAGCAGAUGUGAACCUGAAAAAUACCAGUGGAAAAGACAGUUUAAUGAUAGCUUGUUUCGCUGGUCACCUGGAUAUUGUCCAGUAUCUCAGAUCCCAAGGGGCUUCCUGGCUAAGCAGGGAUUUUGGUGGAUGUACGGCUAUGCACUGGGCUACGGACGGAGGGCACUGUGAUGUUAUUGAAUGGAUGAUCCAGGACGGCUGUGAGGUUGACCCUAGAGAUUCUGGCGUGGAAUGGACUCCACUAUUGAGAUUAUGUGCAUUAUCAGGAAAAACAGACGUAGCCACAAUUUUAAUAAAUGCUGGAGCUGAUGUGAACGUAAAAGAUAAGGAUGGCAAGACAUCUCUGAUGGUGGCAGCUUUAAAUAAUCAUGAAGAUUUGGUUGCAUUAUUAUUAGAGAAGGGAGCAGAUCCUGAUAUUAAAAAUGAGUUUGGUAAGGAUGCUCUGGACAUGGCCAAAGGCUUGAACAGACAGAGUGUGGUUUCAAUAAUAGAAGAAAAGAAAAAUCAAUUAAGCAAUACAGCUGUUGAUCUUGGAUCUACCCCUUCCCUGUUAUUUGAAGAAAGUGCAUCUUAA